GCUAGGAAAAGGCAUCGCCAUAUUUCUAGCACAGCAACGCCUAUAUCAACAAGCCCCGCUUGACACGACCCGGCUACAACACCGACGCGAGCCGUCGCGAUGUCUUCAACGGACUCCUUCUCUACAGCGAGUUCGAGCGCGACUACAGCAACUAGCAGUACAGCCGACAACGAAUUUUCCUUCAGUAUACGCGAGACGACCAUCCGAAAUAUCGCGAUCGCUGUCGGCAUCUCACUCACCGUUCUCUUGAUAUGCACACUCAUUGCAAUCGAAGUCAUGCGGCGAAAGAUGAAGCGUAUGAGGAGGCAGCUGGACGUGUACGCAAUGAAGCUCGAGGGACUGAGCCCACGCCUGAGAACUGGACAUGGCUAUCAUUCGGUGCCGCCCAGUGCCGUCGAGAACGGCAGCAUACCGCGAUUUGAGCUGGAUGGGUCGCGCGAGGUCGUAGAAUCGGACGCGAGGUUUCUAGGAUCGCGAUCGCAUCGACGGGAUGAGUCUUUCGUUUUGAAGCUUGAUAGCCAGCCCAGCUCGCCGCAGAGAUCGAGUAGUAGGGAGAGAUUGCGAUGACGAUGAUGGAGAGAUUUAGAUAUAGUGGAUCAUUGCUGGUAGAUGUUAUCUUUGAAGAGAAGUAAGACUGUACAGCUAUUGAGCUGGGUAUUGACGACUUAAUGUAUAUACUGCAGUUCGCUCUCUCGAUACUGCGUGCAAGCGAACUGCGGCGGCUGUGGUGAAUUGCCGUGCUGAGCAUCUGAGUGCAAGCUAGGAGAAGCAUUGAGAUAUUCUUGGGAGCAAAGAGUCAAUGUAUUGUCAGUCGCAAUGGGAUGCAGCAGCAGAAUUGAACUGCAGGUGAAUACGAACGAUUACGUAAGCCGCUC